AUUUCUCUGACUCUUUUUUGUCUCCUUUUUUCACUGUAGCAUAAUAUUUAAUAUUUUUUAUGCUUAAAAUCAUGAAAGGGGUUUACAGAUAGUGUUACCAAAAGAUUAUGUUUUGCAGUUCACAUAGGCAAUGACUAACAACUAACAAGAACCGCAGCUAUAGAGUAGAUUCCAGUGAAAUCAUGCGCAGUCAACAAAACAGGAAACCGAGACUACAUCUAUAUGUCCUGUGAAAAUGUCGCACCACCCAAGAGUCAAGGAGUAAACAUUUACCACAAUGUGAUACUACCAAGAACUCCAGAAGUGGUUAGACAUCAGUGAACGAAACUGAAAAAAAGAUUUAAUCAGCACCAUGACUGAAAUAAACUACGGUUUAUUGAUUUAGAGACACAGGAUGCAAACUACAAAUGUUUUUUUGUUAUUUUUUAUCUUUCCCAUUUCUUUGGAAGGAUGCUGUGAGGAAAACCAUAAAAAGAAAACAACAGGUCUUCAGCAGAAUAUACACCAGCACUACAGAGCUGUGGAGGGGGAAAUGUUUAUGAUGCCGUGCUUAAAGUCUGUGAGUCAGGUGGUGUGGUCAAGGACUGGAGAACAAAAUGAGCGCCUAUCAUUCGACUGUGGCAGCAAGUUUCUAGCUGAAGCAAAACAUUCUGGAAAUUACACGUGCCUCACAUGGUCUCUGCUGUCCAGUGGCAGCAAGUUGUCCCUCCAUUUACAGGUUGUGGAGAAAAACAGUCUGGGAUGCCAAUCUGAGGAGAGCAGUGUAAUACUGGUCAUGUUUAGAGGAGGGGUGGUCGACUGCCCAGGUAUCAACUGUAGUGACAACACGGAUGUUAUCUGGUACAAGGAUAACAAAUAUGUGUCCGAGCAGCCUAGAGAGUCCUGGGAAAAGAAUGGACAGUUACAUCUCGAACAAGUCAAGGAAAAGGAUACUGGUCAAUAUUUCUGUGAUAGAAAAAUAAUCGAGCAAGGAGUCAAAUGGAUCUUCAGGAGGGCUGUUCACGUCACAGCCAUACCUUAUGUCAAACCCUCCACUCCCAAGAUUCACUAUCCUACAGAUAACACAAGAGAGGAAGUGGAGCUUGGUCAGAGUCACACUCUGGAAUGUGUCGUACAUUUUCCUUUUGAGUUAAAGGUUGUGGCAGUGGUGCAGUGGUACGUGCAUUAUGGUGGCAACAUGGAGAAUAUGACUCGACUACACAUGAAGGAGCAACGAAUGGAGAAUCUGACACGUGCAGAAUUUAAGGUCACCGGGAGAGUUGUGGUGACUCCACAACACUUGAACCACAGAUAUACUUGCAUCGCCAGUAAUAGUGUCGGGAAAACAAAUGUCACUAUCCAGCUCAAGAGGAAAAUGAAAGUCAUUUUGCCAUCGCUUUGUGGGCCCAUUGUGUCUUUGCUGCUGGUAGCUGGGCUGGGAAUCAUUUUGCAUAUUAGAUGGCUGGAAGUACAGCUCAUCUACAGAUCCCACUUUCAACAUGGAAAGCACAAUGGAGAUGAGAAAGAGUUUGAUGUGUUUUUGUCAUACGUGGGGAGCCCUCCAUCAGCAGAGGUAGAGGGAGUUUUCACCAUGUCCCCAAAGGAAGCAGCAUGUUCAUCUAGUAUGGACCUGCUGAACUCUGAGGAGGGUAAAGCCACCCAGAGACCAGAAGUGCAGCUACCCCAUGUGUUAGAGGACCAAUGGGGGUAUCGCCUCUGUUUGCUAGAGAGGGAUGUACUUCCUGGAGGAGCAUAUACAAAUGAUGUGGUCCUUGCAAUACAGAGAAGCCAAAUGCUUAUCUGUCUCCUGUCAGCUGACUACCUCUCCAACAAUAAUGCUGUGUUUGUACUGGAAUCAGGAGUUCAGGCUUUACUGCAAAACUCUUCCCUCAAACUCCUGCUAAUAUGGACCAGUAGAGCCUCAUCCCUCAUCCAGCCGGACCCCCCUUUGCCCACACUGGUCCAGAGGGCCUUGAAGGUGUUACCCAGUAUGGAUUGGACCUCAGGAAAAACGGCAGGAGUCUCCAGCAACUUCUGGAGGUCUCUGCGGAAAGCCAUGCCCAAUCACAGAGUGGCUGGUGUCAGUCAUGCAGGACCAUUAGACUGCCUUACCAAAACAUCUGUGACUGAGUUCUCUGAGUUUGUGUGAGGUGAGGAUCUGAGGACUUGUGUGCAAGCUGAAUCGAUAGGCGCAUUGCCAGGGUUGUCCCUACCAUUACAACCCUGACCGUGUAAAAAUAAAGUCUGCAGUUGUUGUAUUACACAACCACAGAGCUCUUGUUAAGCUAAUAGUAAAUUGUUAGGAACAAGUUAAAGCAUAAGCGGUCUGUAGGUUCCACAAAUCUGGCAAAUUCUUGUAAACUUUACUGGCUGAGGCAGUAGUGACUUUGCUGAUGUAAACUAUUUUUGCUCUAGAAACAAUACGAUAUAAAUCAAUUAUAAUUGUAUUACGAAUGUAUUCCUUAUUAUUUAUGUUCCUGCAAUUUACCAUUGUGGGAAAAUAAAGUUUGUUUACUGAAAACA